ACCACAUGACCUAGCAUGCAUCGCGGCCGCGACGCCAGCUUCCCAUUGGUGGUAGUGGCGGAUAUCGCCGCACGGUGGCCUGAAGUCCCGCCUCCGCCCUGCGGCGAACAGUUUGGACCUUCGCGGCGGGGAGCCAUGCAGCCCUGGCAGGCCCUGGCCUGGUACCGGCGGAUGUCUUUGGUCUACGGACUUGGUGCCUGGACUGUGUUUGGCACCAUGUUUUACUUUUACGGGAAGAAUAAGGAAGAGCCUUUAGUAAGUCGUGAAGUGGAGCAAAAGGAUCUCCCAAGAGAUGAAAGUGGCAUCGUACUUGAGCCCCUGAAAGGAUUUUACGUGGAGAGGUCUGUCGUGUAUAUAGAAGAUUAUGUACCACUUACAGAACGGAUCCACAAUACUGUGAAAAAAUGGACUGGUGAUUCUGGUUCUAAACCAUGAUCGGCUGCUCAAUUCUGCAAAUAAGGACUUCGGUUCAGCAUUUAUAUAUGAUAGAUGCCUUGAUCCCCCCCCCCCCAUGGGAUCGCACUAUGCAGUUCAGGCUGGCCUUGAGCUCACUUUGUAGCCCAGGCUGGACUCUAACUCACAAUGAUCCUCCCAUUUCAGCCUCCUUAGUGCUGGGAUUACAGGCGUGAGCCACCAUGCCCAGCCUUGCUUUCCAUUUUUGUUUGUGAAAGUAUAUAUUUAAUUUUACUGUUAAAUGUGCAAUAAAUCUUACUUUGAUAGAAA